AUGUCACAAAUCUUCAAUCUAGCCAUUGAUCUAGCUGGUGAAAAUCUUUGGUAUGAUUAUGACACUCACUAUAAUUCAGCAUCCUACAUUCCUAUUGAAUGUAGCUUAAAAAUAUGUCUUGAUGUUGCAUGUAUUGGCUGCAAUGGUCCUUUCAAACCAGGUUGCACAAACAACACAUGUCCUGCUAACACAAUCAACACAUUAGCCAAUUUCAUUUUUGGUGGUAGACUUGGUCAAAAUUUCAUUUUCAUUUAUGGCUUGCUUAGUAGUUGCAUUCACACUGAUGGAUUUCCAUCGUUCACUGAAAAUGAUUCACCACUUAAUAGAUUACAAAAAAUCACCAAAGGAAUCAUUGGUCUUACAAUAUCAAAUCUUUCACUACCAACACAACUUGCAUUGAAAAAUAAACUUCCACCCAAUUUUUCUCUUUGCUUACCUUCCUUAAAUAAACAAGGAUUCACUAACUUGCUUGUUGGAUCAAUUGGAAAAGUCCCUUUUCAAGAACUCUAUAAAUUUGUUCAAACAACACCAUUAAUUGUUAAUCCUAUUUCAACAGGUGCAAUUUAUGUUCAAGGUGUUCCUUCCAUUGAUUGUUUCAUUAAUGUGAAAGCAAUUAAACAAGAGUCACAAAGAUCCUAA